UGCUGGUUGUGCUGUCUGACGACUUCAUCUCUAAGGGCACGAAGCUGGUCCAGAGAAUCAGGGUGCUUUGAGUGGAGAAGCUUCAAAGCCUUGAUAAACACAGGAUCUAUCUCCACUGAGUUACUAGCGACAGCCAUUUUAGUUCUUUGUUCCGUAGUAGUGCCCAGUCUACCCAUUGAACCCAACAUGUCGGCCGCUGAAGGUGAAGAAGUCUUGAACGCUGGCGGACAAACGCAGAAAUCAGAAGUCUCUGCGGUUGAGCUCUCUAAGCGACUUCAGAAGCUUAUGUUAAAGAUCGAGGGGAGUUUUAUUACGGAAGAAGGCCGAGCAGUUGAUUACAAUGCGUUGAAAGACAGCGCUUUGUUCAAGGAGUAUGUCGAAGGAGCUCAAGCUCUGAAAACAGUGAAUCUGGAAAGUUUAGAUGGGGCGGAGAAGAUAGCCUUCUUUUUAAAUAUUUAUAAUUCAUUAACAAUUCAUGGCUUAGCAAUGUGUGAGAGUGGGUUACCUAAUUCAGUGCUGGAGAUCAAGAGUUUCUGGAGAAAAACAUCAUACAACAUUGGUGGUCAGAAGUUUUCUCUUGAUGACAUUGAACAUGGAAUUCUAAGAGGUAACAGACCACACCCAGCAGAUGGAAAGCCCUUAUUUAUGGAGGAUGAUCCUCGCCUUGAGUUCACUGUCAAAGAAGUCGAUCCUAGGAUACAUUUUGCUUUGGUUUGUGGUGCAAAGUCUUGUCCUGCCAUUAGAGUAUUCUCAGGGGGAAACCUUGAACGAGGACUCAAUGCAGCAGCAAAGAACUUUUGUUCUCAAGAAGUUGGUGUUGACAAUAACAUGGUAAUUCUUUCAAGAAUAUUUAUGUGGUACAAGACAGAUUUUGGAUCAACAGACAGAGAAUGUUUAAGCUGGAUUUCUCAUCACCUGGGCAAAGAUGAACAGCAGAAACUAAAAAGUUUGUUGGAAGUUGCAGAUAGUGACAGUUCAAUUAAUAUUACCUAUAGCGAAUACAACUGGAACCUGAAUGGAUCAAAACUGUAAAGUUAAUACUGGUUCAGUAGCAGAAAAACACAAAUUAAACACUGAAGAAGUAUUUGAAUUAAAUUAAGAAUUAAAAUUUUUUAUUUGAAAUUAUCACACAAUCCAGUAAAAAUCCCUGCCAAGUGUCACUGAUUAUGAUUUUGGACUCAAGGCCCACACUUAUGAAUAAACCACAAUCAACACAAAAAUUAUAUCAUCUAUUGAUGACCAAGUGUUAAUGCCAUAAUCUUUUUCCUGGGAAGCCAGGACACCAGCCACUUUGGAGACGAUAUGCCUUUUUUUUUUCCCACAGAAGGACAUACAUACACACAAGCCAAAUUUUAAUUGUAAUAAAACUCCAAUGUUAUAAUGCUUAACAUUUGGACAUUUUAGUGGGCUCCUUGCCACUGUAGAGGAACAAAUAAAAAUGCCAGAAAUGAUUAGUAUUUGCUGUAAUAAGUCCCUCAAAAUAAAUUUCUUUUCAAUGACUAAUGUCAAAUUUUUCAUUUUUAUACAAAUUUAUUAUAGUUUAUUAUAAUAAACAAAACUUUUUAAGUGAGAUUAUACUCAUUAAUGCUGCAAGUGAGACAAGCAAUGCUCAUGUUUUUUUAUAAUUUUAACCGGAAAUAAAGGGACCAAUUUUUGGAAACGAAGACUUGGAGGAUAUGCUUGAGCUGCGUUGUGUAUCAUAAUUAUUUUCUUCAAUUGUAUCUUUCUCAGUAUCUUUGGGUGUUCCUGUACUUCUGUGUCUAAUGUGAGAAGCUGCACUACUUGUUGAGUAGUUAGAUGGGGUUAUACAAGCCUGGAAGUUGCUAUUCUUGGGAAAGACUACUUGCGGCUCUCUCUUCAUUAAUAUAUCAGCAAAAACUUGGCUAGGAAUGCUUGAGCCAGAUGCUGAAGAUGUUAGGCUUCUUGUGGGACUAACCUCCAUGCUCUUGUCUGGAGAAAAACUUGGUGACUCGCAACAGUCAAGGAGCAUGUGGUGUACUGCUUGGCUUUGAAUGAGGGGUUUAGGUGUUAUAA